UAGUUUUGUUCUGAUUGUUGAUCAUAACAAUAUAAGCAGCUUGGAAACUCUUCUUUCUGCUGCUGUGGCCUUUUUGGCUCUUUUGACCACCAUCCUGUCUCUCAUUCAUCUCUACCUUACUUUGCACCACACCUUAAAGUUACUGUGUUUGAUGCACACAUAUUGUAUAUUACGAAUUCAGAACUUGAAAAAACUACCGCAGGCAAUCCUAUCUUGGAGAUUUUGGUAUAUUCAACACUUUUCAACCAGCUAUCCUUUCAAACAAAGAAGUUGGAUUCACCAUUAAGAAGUUAAAAUAUCCUCUGUUGCAAAUAAAGAGUAUCUCGUGCAAUAUCCAGGAACUGGGAUUUUGCUUCUGAUCAGGCCUGGUAACUCAUGCAUUGUUGCUUAACAAGCACAGGCGGUUUAAAUAGAACUUGGAAUGUUUGACUGGUUUCCUUGGGAACGAAUCAGCAUAAAAGCAGCAGUUAACGUCUUACACUUUGUGGAGUUUGUGAAAUCGAUGAACAUUCCUCAUGGCAGGCGAGAACCAAAAAAGCAGCCUCAAGGACCUCUUAGACAGAAUGGAAAAGGCCCACAAAGCUGACAUUCAGCUUUACACCUCUGGCCACUUAAACCAUGACAAGCUUUACAAGCCCCAGCAAUGGAUAAAGAACAACUACUGGGAAAGUGCCAAAAAAUCUGCACUAAUCCUCACAAAAAGAACCAAUUUCACAACACCCAGUGUGGUAUCCAGAAAGACAAAGACUACCUUGAGCAGCUGUGUGGAGUCGACACCCACACCCACCCGUGCCAAAUCUGCUUCUCAUUCAUGCUUUCAACCUCGGGCAUUCAAGGCCAGCUACAGAUCUCCAGCGAGCACUUCCCUCAAUUCCACACCUUUCAAACAGCAAAGAAAGAAGGAUGCUAAGGAGGCAAAGGAGGAACUGGGUAUUUUUCAAGAGCAACUUAUCAGGGAAGAGCUGGAGGUUCCAGAGAUGAGAACGUUGAAAUACAAACCGACAACCAACAGUCGGCUUUGUGCCACGGAGGAGACAAAAGACGAAUACCAAUUCUUUCCUUCCUACUUGGCUGGUGUGACCAAAACGGACCAAUUUCGCAAGUUCAUGCAGUUUCAGAAGGAUGUGAUCGCAAAGCAGGAUUUGCUGAAGAAUGACUUUAUUGGGAGCGAUUCAGCAGAGCACCAUGAAAGGACGUUGGCUCAGGCGCUUCGGAAUAUCUGCGACUGCAGCCGGCCUAAUUUCAACCGGUUGCAGGCUGUUGGUGACGUUUUUGAAGAUAUCUGCAACAGUUCUUUGAUAUUUGGUGACAUACUGAAGGAAGUGAAAAAUGAAUAUGAACUCUACAUGGUGAUCCUGCUGGAAUCUCUCCCUACAAUGCAAUACAGAACCUUGCAGAAUGAAGUCAAAGGCAUGGAGAGGAGGGCAGCGAUGACUCAUGAAAUAGAAGAGAAUAGGCAGGAGGUGCAGGAUCUUGUGCAGAAAUCCAGACUGGCUUUAGCAAGAAACGAAGAAUUCAGAAAUGAAUUGGAAAUGGAGCUGUGGAUGAGCCAGUCUUAUUCAAAAAUGUCAGAAAAGGAACGUGAGGAGGCGGCCAAAGCAGAGAUUGCUGUUCUUUCCAGCACUGAGCAACUUGCAUCCUUGCGGUGUAAAGUUAUCACAACAUGGGAGGAAAUCCAAGCAAUGCAAAAAGAAAUUAAAGAAACGAUGACGGUUGCUGGCAUAGCCAACAUCCGAGAAAAGACCGUUAAAGAAUUAGAGGGUGAAGCAUCAAAGCUCGUGGCAUCUAACAAGUUUCUUAAAAAACAAAUAGGAGAUGCUGAACAGACUAUCACAAGUGCAUUACAGAGGCAGAAGUUUAGCCAGAAAAGCCAGCGGAGUCUGUGGGGGAUGGUGCAGGACUUCUUGACACCUGAAGGAACAGAAAGAUGCUUUGUGCAGCUAGAACUUUCAUCUUCUGAUGAUUCUUUGUUAUAAGAACGGAACAGUACUGUGAAAAAUGAAUGAUGAGAGAUAUUUGAACUUGUACAUUGUAUGCUACUUGAAAAAACAAACAUACCAGAAAUAUGUCUCUAUUCUUUAGCAUAUGUGAACAUGUAUCAUGACUUUAUAAAAUGCUAAUUCGGUUUCCCAUAGGUUGCUUCCUGUUCUGACAGAAAAUUUCCCACCAUACUUGAAGUUUGCUGUGGCAAAUCUGGGUUCUGUUGCCAUAAACAACUGAAAACAGAUUAAUUACUUUCCUUUACCCAAGUAAAGUGAAUGGCAGAUAGAAGAUACAGCAGUUACAAAAUAUGUACUAUUUUCUACAUCAAAAUUAAAUCCAGAGUAAUCUUCCAAACUUUUCAAUGGAGUACUUGGAUGGUUUGACUGUAAGGAUAUUUUCCACUGUGACUU